AUGAUUGCAAUUGACUUUGCAUUCCAGCAAUGGCAAUGGCAGUACCAGAUAUCAACUACGUUCUUUAUAUUUGUCAUCCUUCCAGGCUUGUAUUAUAUCUACUGUAAAUACGUGACAUCAUCACCAAAUGCAUACAACAAGAUCGAGUCCCCCAUUAGAGUAGCAUUACCAAUUCCUGAGGAAGCAAGACAACAUUGGAAGGGAAAACGGUUAUAUCCAAAGCCCAGUCUCGGAAAUGACCUUUCAAAGAUACAAUGUUAUUGCCCCGCUACUGGCCAAGAUUUGGGUGUAUUCCCUGCCACCACUAGAGCAGAAAUGGAUAAGAUGAUUUCCAAUGCCAAAAAGGCGCAAGGCGAAUGGAAGAAGAGCUCAUUCACCAUAAGGAGAAAGUUCUUAAAGACCUUGGCAAGGUUCAUAUUGGAAAAUCAGGAGAAUAUUGCUAGAGUUGCAUGCCGAGACUCGGGAAAGACUAAAUUGGAUGCGUCAAUGGGAGAAAUAAUGGUAACUUUGGAAAAAAUCAAUUGGAUUGUUGCUCAUGGAGCCAAAAUUCUUAGACCUAGUCAAAGACCAGGUCCGUCCAAUUUCCUUUUGGGGUUUAUGAAGAAUGGCGAGGUGAGAUAUGAGCCAUUGGGGGUUGUUUCCGCCAUCAUUUCUUGGAACUACCCAUUUCACAAUUUAAUGGGUCCAAUAAUUGCUGCAAUCUUUAGCGGGAAUGCAAUUGUUGUUAAAUGUUCGGAAAACGUCGUUUGGUCAAGCACUUGGUUUGUGCAAAUGUGUCGCUCAGUGUUGAAUGCAUUGGAGUUGGAUGAACACUUGAUUCAAUUGUGUUAUUGCUUCCCUCAAGAUGCGGAUUACUUUACUUCUCACCCAGGUCUUGAUCAUAUCACGUUUAUUGGAUCCAAACAAAUAGCUCAUCAUGUUGUUUCCAAUGCGGCAAAACAAUUGACACCAUGUGUUGUUGAGCUUGGAGGAAAAGACUCAUUUAUCGUGUUGGAUCCAAAAGAUUUGAAUGCGUUGUCGUCAAUUAUUUUGAGGGGGACAUUUCAAAGUGCAGGGCAGAAUUGCAUUGGUAUAGAGAGGGUGAUUUGUUUACCUGAGGCGUAUAACAAGUUGGUGGAGAUAUUGUCAGCCAGGAUAAAGAGCUUGAGGGUUGGGUCAAAUAUUGACCAAUUGGAUGAGAUUGACAUGGGAGCAAUGAUUUCUGAUAACCGGUUCCAGCAUUUUCAAGACUUGAUCGAAGAUGCAGUUUUGAAAGGUGCUAAAUUGAUCCAUGGAGGGAAACCAUAUCAUCAUCCAAAUUAUCCCCAGGGCCACUACUUUGAACCAACCAUGUUAAUUGAUGUUGACCCUACAAUGAAAAUAUUCAAGGAGGAAGUCUUUGGUCCAAUACUAACCAUGGUGAAAGCAAAAGACGUUGAUGAUGCAAUCGAAUUGGCAAACAGCACCGAAUAUGGGUUAGGAAACUCCAUUUUCGGUCGCGAUUUUAAACAAUUGAGUUACUUGGCGGAUAAACUAGAAAGUGGAAAUGUUGCCAUUAACGAUUUUGCCACAUUCUACGUGGCCCAAUUACCAUUUGGUGGGGUCAAAAAAUCAGGGUACGGUAAAUUCGGUGGCGAAGAAGGGCUAACCGGAUUAUGCAAUGCAAAAUCAAUCGUCCUGGAUAAGCCAAUCUUGAGAAUGCUUGGGGUGGCAACGGCAAUCCCAUCACCGAUUGACUAUCCCAUUCCAGACGAUAAAAAAGCAUGGCGGUUUGUAGAGAAUUUGAAUAUUGCUGGCUACGAUGGACGCCUUUGGGCGAAAGUGAAAUCACUUAAAAACUUGGCCAAGUAA